UCUGGGACGCGAGCCACCCACAGCAGCACCCACGGCAGCACCCAAAUGGCCUUGCAAGUUGGUCCGCCGCCCGCCCCGAGAGGCUUGAGCUAGGGCAAGAUCACCGGCUUGACAGCACACCCACACAUGGCGGGGGCUUCAAACACCAGACCUCCUGCCAUUCCUGACGGGGGCUCCUUCACCAUCUUGUACCAGUGCCGCGAGCCAAACUGCACCAUGGUAUACCCCACAUCACAGGGUGCCGACACUUGUGUGCAUCGGAAGGUUCAGCCACAGAUACAGAUGCUCAAAGACACGUCAACUCACGGAGGUGCAAGAAACCUAGACUUGUGGAACCCAGAGAGGACAGAGGCACUACUGAAGCUGGUGAAGGAGAAUUAUCACCGCUUUCAGAACAAGUCGACAAAGUAUAAUACAGUGUGGGAAGAAAUAUGCCAAAAAAUGCAGGCAGAGCAGAUGCCUGGAGUCACGAGGGAACAAGUGAAGGACAAAUUCAAGAACCUCAAAGUGCGGUACCUCAAAUACGUGGACAAGAGGAACGAGGGACGAAUCCUUCCUCCCCAGUGCUUUGACUCCCUUGACGCCAUCCUAGGGAACUGCACGUCCACCUUCCCUGGCCAGCGGAUGAGCACAGGCGGCAUCAAGAGCCCAGCCCAGCCAGAACCCUCCAGGACACAACCACUAGGAGGAAUGUCUAACCCAAACCAAACCCACUCGAAGCCAAUAAUCUCUCGAGUGCCAAAGAUUGAGGUUCCUGUUUCUGUCUCUCCUGUAAUGCCUACCCAUGAACCUAAUGAUGAGUUUCCUGAAGAUGUGAGUGACCUACUGCAGAUCAACAUGGCAGACGAGUCACCUAACAAGAGACGAAGGCUGGAGGGCCGACGGAGGGUGAGAACUGACUCGCACGGGAAGGUGAUGGAGAAGCAAGCCAGGGAGUAUGUGCAGGAGGUGAAGAGACACAAUACGGCCAUGGAACGGAUGAUGCGGGAGUUGGUGGACGCUCAGAAACAGAUAGCAGAGGAGUAUAAAAAACGUGGUCAUCUUCCUCCUCCUCCUCCUACACUAGCACCCACAAUUGGUGAACCUGACGACCAAGAUUUAGAUUCAAAUUCGAGUCCCACCACAAGCAGCUGACAGGUCUUAACCAUCGCUGUGUGACGGAACUCAACCCAACACAUGCUCUGUAACCCUUAGACGGCAGUGGAACUCUAUAUAGGUAAAGUAACUCUAUAUAAACGGCCCAAAAUUCAGAGCUUUGUAUGGCAGAAAUAUAACAACACCUCCUGAUUGUGGUAGAAUCUGUACAUAGACGAUAGUUAAAACAUCCAUUAUGUGGCGUGACUAUAUAUAUGCUGUGGUCCUAAGGUCAGCAGUGACUGUAUAUAGACCAUUCAUUUUGGGGGGAGCUACUUUUCAAAUACUGCUGCUGUCUAAGGGUUAAGGGGUUACGUCCUUCAUGGUUUAGUCUGUGGAGAAUAAGGAGAUCGCCAAGCCGUAUUUUCUGUUGAUUUUAUUGUAGAAAAAUAGUCUAUGUAUGUACAGUAAAAAAUAGUGAUGCCGAAUUUCGUGAGUCUGAAAAUCUCGAUAAUAAUCAAAAUUUGGAUGAUGGGAAAUUAAAAUACUAGAAUUCCAACAGUAUAGAGGAGGAGGAGGAAGAGAAUUUUGAAGGCAGGAAAUUCUAAUACUAAAAUUCCAACAGUACAGAGGAGGAGGAGGAGGAGGAAGAGGUAGAGGAGGAAGAGUAAGAGAAUUUUGAAGACGAGAAAUCGUAAUACUAAAAUUCCAACAGUACAGAGGAGGAGGAGGAUGAGGAGGAAGAGGUAGAGGAGGAAGAGUAAGAGAAUUUUGAAGACGAGAAAUCAUAAUACUAAAAUUCCAACAGUAAGGAGAAAGAGGAGCAGGAAAAGGCAGAGGAAGAAGAAGCAGUGGGUAUAUGGUUCAGUUAACAAAUACUUAUCACUUGCCCUUUUUACUAUUACAAUUAUGAAAAAACUUUAAGACACAUUACUUAGAUAGAUAGAUAGAUAGAUAGUUAACAAAUACUUAUCACUUGCCCUUUUUACUAUUACAAUUAUGAAAAAAAUUUAUGACGCUUACUUACCUUCCUCCUUACUCUCACUCAUGAAUCACAAACUGUCUUGGUGUUCUAUUUUAUCAAUGAGGCCAAGAAUAAGUUUUUUUGCCUUGUUAAAGUGACUGAAUCGUUAUCAGUUGAGUGUGUAGACGUGGUUGAGGCUCAAUCUUCAUACACGUCAUUAUCACUCUCAUGGUCAUUACUACAGUCUAUUAAGCCCAAGGGGAGAACACGUCAUGGAAGCAGCUCCUCCCCAUAAGUGACAGAGGAAGGGCACGGCUUCUCUAGUGCUGGUAAAUGGUGGGCAGUUGAUACGUUGGGGGUUGGGCGAAUUCUGGCUUCAGGUAAGAGGGUAGUGGACGGGGCUUCUUCUCCGACUCAUUCUCACCUUAGGCUAAAUAGAGUGCAAUCAUUCAGUUAGUCCCAGUAAUGGUCAUAGUGGUGACGAAUUCUGGCUUCAGGUAGUCAGGUAAGAGGGUAGUGGACGGGGCUUCUUCUCCGACUCAUUCUCACCUUAGGCCAAAUAGUGUGCAAUCAUUCAGUUAGUCCCAGUAGUAGUCAGAGUGGUGGUGGUGGUACAGGCGACCGCCUUAUUCACGGGUAUGUAGAUUAAGGAUCCCCACAGAAAGGGAAAACUUGGUUAAUUUAACACUGUCAUAAUGCAGUAACGUGAAAGUUGUAAAUCCCAAGCAAAGGUGUGUUAGCCAGAUUACAGCCUAUUCAGGCCUUACUGGAGGAUCAUCAGUGAUUAAAACUUUCAGCAGCAAUUCUAUGCAUUUACAAAAGGUACACAAACUGCCUGUACUAAUGUGUGAUACUACUACUUAAUAUGCAUGCACACAUAUGUGAUUCGGGAGUUAAAAAAAAUUGCGAAUCCAAAGUUGUAUGUUUGCUGCUAUUCAGAUUAAGGACUAAAUAUAACAUAAGAGUGUAGGGUAAAUAAUAUAAACCCGACUUAAGGGGAGCUGGACUGCCCAUACCUAGGAUGCUGAAGUGAUAAGGUACAAAUAUAUUAAUAAGGAACAAAUAUAUCAAAACUAAUUUUUCCUAGAAUGAUUAUAUAGUUUCAUUUCAACC